UUUAUGGUUUCAGGAUCAACAAAAGCAUGUACCAUGCAGUUGCAUACAGCAGUAUUAUGUGCAUUCAAGCUCUGUUGAAAUUUGAACAGCCAGCAAUUCAAAAGGCAAGUGAAAGUGUCAAGUUGGCUGUGAAUAUCUGUGAGAGACAAAGGAAAAAGCCAACAUGGUCAGAGACAUUUUCAAGCUGGAUAUGGAGUUCCGCAUAUGAUGAGUUUUCCAUGGAAGAGAAGCAUGCUGAGCUGUGCUAUACAGAAUGUCUUCUUCUUGAUGCUUUACUAACAUUUAUUCAGGAUGACAAUCUUGUCAGUUUUGUGUGGGGAGCUUUGAAAAUUAGGACCUGUUAUCAGAAUUACAAGACUUGCCUUGAAAUGAUAGCAGACCAACCACAUUCUUUAUCCCAGUCACCUCUUGAGAAAGACUUUGAAGCAGGAGUUCAUUUUGGAAUUGGUGGGUUUAAUCUGGUGUUGUCUUUACUUCCACCCAUAAUUAUAAAAUUGUUAGAGUGGGUUGGUUUUUCAGGAGACAGGUUUCUAGGGAUAAAUCAUUUACACAAGGGAAGUAAAGGCCAGAGUCUGAGGUCCCCACUGUGCUCUUUAUUUCUCCUUGCCUACCAUACAUGGAUUACCCAGUAUUUAGGGAACGGUGAUGGCGAUAUAGAUCAGUCUGAGGAAAUCCUUCAGCCUCUUUUGACAACAUUUCCAAAGGGAUCACUCUUUCUGUUUUACGAUGGUCGCAUUAAACAAGUUCGAGGGAAACUGGAAGAGGCCAUCAACAGAUACAAGCACUCGAUCACAAUUCAGUCAGAGAUUAAACAAUUUCAUCAUAUUUUCUACUGGGAGCUGAUGUGGUGCCACGCGUGCAAAGGAGACUGGGCCGAGGCUUAUCAAUACGCUGGAAUUCUUUUUGAAGAGAGCAUGUGGUCGAAGACUGUUUACAUGCAUCUAAAGGCGUCGUUCAAACUCACGGCCAGACUGGCCAACCAGGCAAUUAGCGAUGAAGAAGGACGUCACACAGAGAGCUUUAUGUUUAGGCGUCUUCCAGAUUUUAAGCAGCGUAUCGCAGGUCAGUCUCUUCCAUUUGAAGACUUUGCCAUCCAUAAGGCAAACAAGUAUUUUGAACAAAAGGGCCGUCUUUUUCUGCCUGGAGUGGAGCUUCUAUUUAUAUGGAAUGGCUUCAAAGUCCUCGCUCACAGACCUGACUUAGUUCCGCCUCUAAUGAAACUAGUGGAGAGUUCUUUACAUAAACUAAAGCAAACAAAAGAAGAGAAUGAAAAUUUCGUAGACGACUUGUGUUUGGGUAAACUCCUGCAGGGAAUGUGUCAUCGUUGCUUGAGUAACAGGAAAGAAGCAAUGGAAUGUUUGAGAAAUUCUUUCGACAGAUCUUAUGGGAACACCAACCCAUUCCAUCCCAUACCCGGUGGUUAACGCACUGGACUCCAUACACAGAGGCUUGGGUUCCAGCCUGACUGGGUCCCCGCUUAAUGCUCUUUGGCAAAGCACUUUCUAGUGCCUCUCCUCAACCCAGAGUAUAAAAGGCUGGUGGCGAACUGUUUAGAAAACCUGAAGAAAUGUUGCCAUGGAUUAGCUUCACAUCCUGGAAAUAUUAGAGUACUCUACCCGCUUCAUGCUAAUUUUAAUUUUAAAAACUGGGACGCGUUUAACUUAAUUAUACUUGGCUCAAAUUUCGACAUCUUUACUAUCUCGUCCCAAUCCUUCUCCCAUGUUCAUAUUAGCUUUGUACUCUCUCUGGAGCCCACUUGUUCGAAGGCCGAUUAGCGCUGACCCAAGGUUAAAUUUUAAUUUGGGUUUCUUUAUUCCUUAACGGAAAAGCGUUUUUGGGAUAAUUUACUGCGUUCUUUUUAGAGCAUCCAAUAAUCAUAUUUAAGACAAAAACAAUUCGACCGAAUUUCCUUUUAAAGCUUUCAGAUCUGAAUUCAUGUUUUGCACAAACCUUGGGUUAUCUUAACCUAGCUUUGAACAACCCGGCCCAGAUCUCUUUCGUCAACUUAUCCAAUACAGCUGCUCCAUUUUCUUUCGCCGUAGUUGUUCUCAGUCGAGUGAAGAGCCCAGAUAUGGAACUUGUACAUAGAGGUGUAUGAACAGAAUUCGUGUUACCAGUGACUCGGUCAUGUCGUACAGUAAAUAACUGUAAUAUGAACAUGUGUGUGAGGGACGGUUGUGUUUCUUAUUUACAGAUCAAAAGAUUUGAAGCAGGAUUUUUACCUCGCUCCUUACGCAUGUGCAGAGAUUGGAUUUCUGUAUUUGGACGAAGGGGACUUUGGGCGAGCUAAAGAAUAUUUGGAGCGGGCAAGGAAACAUCGUGAUCAUCUUUUACAAAG